GGAAGGGAUUGCAAAAGGAACACGGUCAUUGUGUGAAAGAACAUCUAAUUUAGUUUACACCGUGGUUCUGUUUUUUUCCCCAAAAGGUGUUUACAUUCGAACUGACCGAAGCGGAGAUAGUCCUUGUCUACUAACAGGUGACCACGUCUGAACCCGAAGGGCAGAGGUCGGGCAGUGCAUUCAUUUUAAGAACUUGAGUAUCUGAGCAGAAGCAGAGAGCAGGGCACUUGCAAAAAAAAAAAAUGGAAAACGGUGACAAAGUCCAUAAUGUGCGAAAAGACAAUACCAACUCUCCAUUAAAAGCUACAAGUCCAGUAAAGGAUGAAAGAUUUUCAUUAAUUCGAAGAAGCUUGCGUCUGGGUGGUCAUGAAACACCAAAAAGCAAAGACAAACGUGGAAAAGAAGCUGAUCCAGUUUCCCCCACGAAAGAUCCAAAUGAAGAUAAAGAGGUGGGGCAGAUCCCAAAGGCAACAACUGCAAAAGACAGUGGAACAGGUACACAGUCAGUGAAUAUUAAGCCAAAUUUUAGUUUCUCAAGAACUUCCUUACUGGAAAGUACAAGAAAAAAAUCUGAAGUGAAAGAUAAAUGUAAUGGUCUCAACUUAAUCCAGGAAGAUGACAGUUCAGGGAAGUCAGACGUACAUGGCCAUGGAGCAACUGUGGAAGUUGUUGCACCCUUAUCAGUAAUGGAGAUCCAUGAACUGAUCAGAGAAAACAUGCUUUCGAAAGCUUUUCAGCACCUGAGACUACUGGAAAAAGAAAUUCCCACAGCAGGGAGCACAGAUGUAAAUGAAACAGCCAGCACUGAGAUAAUGAGAAAGUGGAAGGACGUACAGCUGCUGUACCAUAAUUUUACUGAACAGAUACAGAGCAUUGUGACUGACUCCUUGAAUAGUUCUGAAACAAAUGCUGAACUUUUUCACUCAAUGAUGGAUAUUAUUGAGGAAGAAGAAAAUAUACAUUCCGUGAAUGAAGAAACUGAAUAUGCUUCAACUUAUGAAUUUCUUGUCAAACCCCAAAAAUGGAAAUGUUUAUGGGAAAAAACAAUACAGAAAAAUAUACAACAAAGAAUACAAAAAUAUAUAAUUCUGCAGGAAGAAAGAACUGAGUCGCAACUUGCUGUGAAUUUAGGAUACCUAAGAAAACAAGUUGUGACAGAUAUAAGUACAGUAAAAAAUAACCUGCAGAAGUGUUACCCAGAAAAAUACAGAAUACUGGAUAUGUAUGUUAAACAUUUUCAUGAAAUAAUUUCUUCAAACUUAAGAGAGCUUUUGGAAAAGCAGAUGGAGUACAAUGAAUUGUAUGCUGUUCUAGACUGGGCUGUGAACACUUACCCAAGUGAAGAGGUGUUGAGGCACGAAGAUCUACAGCCUGAUGUAAAUGUUGAAAACUUAGGACAGCUCUUAGAUCAAACAACUAUGGAUAAACUGAAGAAUGAUUACUGUGAGGCUGUACAGCGAAAAAUUAGGAAAUGGAUGGAUAACCUGAUAAAGCUUGAACAAAACAAGUGGAGUUCAGAAAACAGUCCAGAAAUACUUAAUAACUACUAUCAUUCUCCACUGCAUAUUGAUGUACAGAUGAUGAUAGGACAGCACAUGAAAAACGCUGAAAAAAUUGAUAACCAUUUGAGAAAUAAGCUUUGCAUCAUUUGCAUGGAGGAAGCCAAACACUUUGUGUCAAGAAUUCCAAACAUUGUAGAAGACUGGGCAAUGAAUGAUGUAGCUGGUCAGAACAUUUCUAGACUUCUGGGUCAUUUACUGGCAAUCAUUAACAGCUUUCAGGACUUAAAGUCUGGAUUAACACAGCUGGAUAACUUACAUCUAACCAAUCAUGAAGAAAUGGAAAGAGCGGUAGAUGAUGCAUUAGAAAGCUUUAAUAAACUUAUUCUGAGUCAAUUUAAGGUAAAAACUCAGAUACAUUUUGAGAAAUUGAUGACAAGGCUUUGGAUAUCUGAUUCUGAAGGUUUUGAAGAAAUAAUGACAGUGAUUAAUGAACUCUCCCUACACAUCAAGAAAAUGAAGCAACCCGCAAAAUCGAACCUUGUUCAACUGAUCCACUACCAUAUUGUGAAAGAAUAUAUUGUGCAGGUCAUGAAGAAAAAGAAAUCCUAUAAAAAGUCAAUUACAUGUGAAAAGGCUGCCAAAAGAAUUUUGGAGCAAUCUGAUGCAAUAAAAGAAAUAUUUAAUGGUCUUGGGUCUACUGCUGAAUGGCUAAACAAUGCAGUUAUUUAUAUUUCUAAUAUUAUUGGCCAGAAUGACAAAAAGAUGAUCCAGGAGAAAGUUAUCACAUUGAAUGAAGAAUAUCCAGAUGUGAGUGCUGAACAUAUUUCUGCCAUCCUGCAUUACCGAAGGGCAUUGAGCAACAAAACAAAAAGGAAAAUCCUCAAACAUUUUGAGAAGCUACCAAAGAAGGAUAUGCCUAAAAAUCGGAUGCUAUUCUCUGAAAUUAAUGUCCAUAGUACUGCCGCAUGUCUGCCGUAUGUGUAAUAGUGUACUAUAUUACCUUGAUUUAGAUUAGACUCUCUUCACAUGCUUUGUAAAAGUUGAUCCUUGUAUGUUGCAGUGUAUACCAACUGUUACAAAUGUUAAUGCACAAUACCUUCAAUGUUGUGUACAGUUGUUGAAUAAACUUACAGUGUCAAUAACAGAAUUAAAAAAAUGGAUUUUGUAAAUAAGAUAAUGUUUUAGUGGCUGUGUGCUGUAAGCUUUAAUUAAGCAUAAUACCAAAUGUAGGUGUUUUAUUCUUUAGUGAGAUAACAAAAUCAUUGCUACAGACUGACAACUCAAAUUUUUUUGCAUGUUCUUUUUU